AUGGCAGAACCACGUUUUCGCUUGCCGCCCUCCUUUGACGGGACAGGGGACUUCCAGCUCUGGGCCCAGCAGUUCGACGUGUGGGCCGACGCCCAGCAGCUGGACCAGGCCGCACGGCUGCGACACUUCCCAACCUACUUCUCCGGCCCUGCGUUCAGCUAUUACGCAGAGCUGCCGGACGCCACGAAGGCCAACCUGGCUCUCCUCCGGGCCGCCAUGGUCGGACCUUUCGGCCGCCCAAUGCUAUUGGAGGAGUUCCGCCGAGCCGCUAAUGCCAGGCCACGACGACCAGGUGAGAGCCUGUCAGUGUACGCGGCGGACGUACAGCGCCUGGUCCGCCUGGCCUACCCCACGUACAACGACGCCGGGCGGGCGCACGUUGCCAUGGACCGGUUUCUUUCAGGCCUGGACCCGGACCUGAAACACCGGGUGAUGGAGUUCGGGCCUGCAGACAUCGACGCUGCCAUCCGCCAGGCCGCUUUCUGCGAGCACGCUCGCAGCGCCGCAGCCAGGGACAUACAGCUCUCCACGCCCGACCAUACCGCGGCCAGGGUUACGUCGACCAGAGCACCGACACCCGACCUGACCGCCACCGUCGCGUCCCUGGCGUCUAAACUGACAGAAGUGGUCGACCUGCUCCACGCCCAAGCAGCUAAAGACGACCGCCGAGCCCGUGACCGUCGCGACGACGCCGAGCCGCCGCGAGACCGCAGGGACACCGACCGCCGUCGUGACGACCGCCGCUCGCAGCCCCAGCGCAGGACGCCACGCCAGCCACGCCGCCCAGUGCGUCCUGACGAGCAGUGCCAUAAUUGCUAUGGCUAUGGCCACUAUGCCGCCUCCUGCCCGACCCCUCCACCACCCCCGGGAAACGACCAGUAG